AUGAAAACACAGAAAUCAGCCUUUGCAACCUCUGCAAACAACGCCAGAAGCCUCCCCAGAACAGAAGGAACCAAGCUCGACAUGGCUCUCUACACAGACCUCGCUCUUCAGGACACCGUGAAGGAAGAACUCUUCAGGUGCAAGCUCCACAUGCUGGAGAGGAAAUGCUGCACGGGAGUGGAGAAGCUGAAGGCUCUCGUCGAGGAGCACCUGCAGAACGGUUUCCCCAUUUCCGACAUGCUGGAGAAAACCAAGUCCCUGCUCACCCUGAGAAAAGUUCUGCUGUCGCACAGCGGCUACUCCAAAUACUCCAGGGACAUUUUGCGCCUGUUCCCAAACGGAGAGGAAGACGUGGCUCCGCUGUGCUGUUAGAAAGCAGAGAUGGACGAUAGAAAAAAAAAACAGCCGGACGCCGGAAUGGAGCUGCUUCAGUUUUAUGAACAGUGAAGUUCAAAUCUAGGGGGAUGCCGCUUGCAUCUGAGAGUUUAAAAACCCACUCAAAUGCAUUUCUUUUGCAUUAUGACGGGAAGACACUCAGGAGGCUUUUUUAAAAAAAAAACAUUUUCUAGAAGACUGAUUUGGGUCUUUCAGAGAGAUGAUUGGAUUCAGAGUCACAGUAAAGUGAAUGCUGACUGAGCAGAAAACUAGCCCACUCAUGAUGUGCUGCUAUUUGUGAGCUCAUUGAUUCUUAUAGCUGCUAUUUCUGUUUAGAUAAGACCACAAGAGACGUCCAGUCUCUUAUCUAUGCAAGUUUUUUGUUGUUGUUCUUAUAUAGUUUAAUUUUCCAUGAGAAUUUGAACCAUUUAACUUGAUGAACUGGAACAUUGCCAAACAACACAAUGUUUCCUCUGAUGACUGUGAAAACACCGAAUGGCCUAAAAGUGUGUGAUUGCACACUACCUUUUUGUACCUUACCACCUUGUUUCAAGGUAUUGUCUUUGUAUAUCCUUAAGUACCAACCUUUUUUUCUGAAAAGGGAUUCAUUAAUGUUUUGUGUAUGCUGUGUAUGCAUGUUUUGUGUCUCUCAUCAGUUUUGUUUUUAUUUAUCCAAAGUGGAUUUUGAUGUGUGUUUUUGUGUUGUUGCAUAUUCUGAGAAAUGGAAUAUCUGAAAAAUGAAUGUCUUUUAAUGAGACCAUGUUUUAAUUUACCUUGG